CCAAAUGGUUGGGUCCAGUUGCUUCCGAUGGCCCCCAUGCAUUUGACAAAUUGCCGCCACCGUGCUUCUAGUUAAAGAUGCAGACAAACUAACCUUGGGGCAAGCAUUGUCUGUCACGGGGCCCCAUGAAGUGAAAGCUUUACUGCAGGCUCCCCCAGAGCAAUGGCUGUCAAAUGCUCAGAUUAUUCAAUAUCAAGCAUUGCUACUCGACCAGUACGUUUUUGUGCCCCCACAACCUUAAACCCAGCCACUUUGCUGCCCGAAGGACAGAAUCCCCUUCUGCACUCUUGCCCAGAAACCUUGGCAACGAUCUCGUCCCUCCGCUCUGAUCUUACAGACGUUCCUUUACAUGACCCUGAUAUCAGCAUGUUUUCAGAUGGCAGUAGUUUUGUGUUUCAAGGGCAAAGGUAUGCGGGUGCUGCGGUGACGACAGACCGUGAAGUUUUAUGGCAACAGACCCUUCCCCCAGGAACUUCAGCCCAACGCGCAAAGCUCAUCGCACUAACAAAAGCCCUAAAACUCAGAAGAAACAAGUCAGUUAACAUUUAUACGGACAGCCGCUAUGCUUUUGCAACCACGCAUGUACACGGAUACAUUUAUCAAGAGCGCGGUCUCCUCACAGCAGAAGGCAAGGCCAUCAAAAAUAAAGCUGAAAUUUUAGAUCUUCUAGCAGCCAUCUGGGAACCUGCAAGGCUGGCAAUCAUUCACUGCCCGGGACAUCAGAAAGGCGACUCCCUACAGGCAAUCGAAAACGGCCUGGCUGAUGCAGCAGCCCGAGAAAGCUGCCCCAACUAAAAGUGCCUUGGAGCUCCCGAUCUUGACAGAGCCCCUGCUUCCACUGGAGCCCAGUUACACUCCUAAAGAUUUGGAGUGGAUUUCCAGAAAAGGGGGAACUAAGAUGCCGGGACAAAAGUGGUUUCAAGAUCCUGAAGACCUCCACCUAUCCUGCCGAGGCUAGGAGACAACGUAAUGGAACAGUUGGAACAGGACCAUUUGCUGGCUUCACUCAUGGCCCUGCAACAUGUACAGAAGGAAAUAACCAGGGCCUUGAGAGAAGCCUUCACUCAUCCUCCUGUUCUUCCCCACCCCUUUCAACCAGGAGACUUAGUCUGGGUCAAGAGGCAUGAGCCUAAAACCCUGGAGCUGUGCUGGAAAGGACCACACACCGUGAUUCUGACUACGCACACGGCUGUCAAGGUAGAUGGUGUCCGAACCUGGAUUCAUCACUCUCAGAUUAAGAAAAACUGCGUGAAGGCGGGAACAACUCAGACUGAUACAGAACCAGAUAACAAACAGCAACGGAAGUUUCAAAGGCACCCAGAAGAUCCUUUAAAGCUAAGACUGAUGCGGGCAUAAUUUUUUGGGUUUGUAUGGUGUUAAGUGUGGGGGACUGUAUGAAAUUGCAUCCCCUAUCUUUUUGGCCAUACCAAUGGGAACUCAGGGACACUGUCAUGAGGAAGGUGAUAGCAUCUAAUACCUCUUCCACUGUGCCUUGUUUUUUUUUUUUUGUUUAUUUGUUUGAUUUAUGCGACUUGGUGGGGGACUCAUGGGGGACUUUAGUUACUAAUUAUAAACAGCCAACAGGCUUUGCUCCUCUGGUCCCCGAAAACCCCUAUAUAGUUACCUAUGGAUGUGGACACAGGGAUCAAGAACAAAAAUUGGCUAACAUACCAGGGUAAAAAGGGCAGCACCAGUCCUCAUUCCACUCCUAGUGGGACUGGGAAUUGCGGGAUCCACAGCUAUUGGAACUGCUGGACUCAUUGUGGGGGACCAAAAUUUCAAAACUGUAAGCAAGUAGACCGAGACCUAGGCUACUUGGAAACUUCAAUUUCUCGGCUAGAACACCAAGUAGACCCUUUAGCCGAGGUUGUAUUACAAAACAGAAGAGGGCUUGAUUUACUCUUCAUGAAGGAAGGGGGCCUCUGCAUGGCCCUCGGAGAAACGUGCUGUUUUUAUGCGAACAAUUCCGGAGUAAUCCGAAACACUCUCAGUUUGGUCAGGGAUAAUCUUAGGACCAGGGAACGUGCCAGAGAGGCCAGCAAUAAUUGGUAUCAGAGUUUUUUCUCUUGGUCCCCCUGGCUCACAUCACUGCUUACAGCCGUAGCUGGGCCACUGCUGUUGUUACUUCUCGGGUUAACUAUUGGCCCGUGCCUUAUCAAUUGGUUAGUACAAUAUGUCAAGAAGAGAGUUAGUGAAAUAAAAAUUAUGAUGAUCUGGUCCAAUUAUAUCCCCUUAGUUCCUAAUGAUGAAUCAAGGGAUUGAUUCACUGACAAGAAAAUGGGGAAAUGUAAGGGUUAAAUUGUAGUGUAGGGCUAAUGCUUAGCUUGAAAAAUAACAGCUUUGUGUUGACACUGAAAGUUAAGAGAUAACAGCCUUGUUUUGCUCUGGUAAACUAUGCCUCAUACCCUUGUAAAUUAGGCUUCACCAAUUAAGGAAACAAAAGUUCAAAGAAAAGAGUGUCAGAGGCAGGGUCAAGGAGAUCCACUGGUUGCAACUUAGAGGCAGAAAGUCUAAAGUAAACACCUCAUUAGGCAACUGUUUCUAACUCAUCUGGAACCUGUUUCUUUGUUCUGUUCCCAGGUGAUAAUAAAACGAUGUGAUCGGUUAUAAAAACUCUGUACCCCUGCUGUUCGGGGCCGCACUCUUGUCAAGAGUGUUGGUCCCGAUCGGUCGGCCUUGCCUCUCAUUGUAAUAAAUUUUGUUGUGACUGUCACUGGUGCCCAUAGCAUUCUGUUUCAGAAGUCGUGUGGAUGCAACAGUGUAUUUUGGGAAUUUGACUAUAUAUUCAAUGAUGCUUAACUUUUAUUGAAUUUAAUGGGAAUUAUCUCUGCUUCUUGGAUCUUAAUCUGUGUCUUUCCCCAAAUUAGUUUUUCAGCUAAUAUGCUCAAAUAAAACCUCUGCCUCUUUUUCUUUCUCUUCAUCUUCUGGGACUCCUGUUAUAUGAAUGUUAUUCCUCUUAUAUAAGUCGCUGAGUUCCCUAAAUCUACUAUUGUGAUCCAUUACCUUUGUUUCCCUCUUCUUUUCAGCUUUAUUAUUUUCCACAAUUUUAUCUUCUGUAUCACUAAUUCGUUCCUCUACUUUAUCCUCACUGUUAUGCACUUGAGUGCAUUUCAGUUAUAGCAUUUUUAAUUCCAGCCUGACUAGAUUUUAGCUCUUUUAUGUCUGCAGUAAGGGAUUCUCUAGUGUCCCGUAUGCUUUUUCAAUCCUUAUACUUUUUGUUUUAAAUCCUCAGAUAUUUUGUUUUAAAUUAUAUCUGUAUUGAUUAAAUCCUGACCAUUACUUCUUGUUCUUUUUGGGGGAGUGAAUUCCUCCAUCAUGUCAUUUUGGAGGGAAAAAAUAAUAGAAAUUUAAACUUAAAAAAUAAAGGAAACUAGACACUAAA